UAUUUACAGUAAAUGUGAAAUGGGGCAAAGAGAAGUUUGAUGCAGUGGAGCUUAACACUGAGGAACCUCCCAUGGUUUUCAAGGCUCAGCUCUUUGCCCUGACAGGAGUUCAGCCGGACAGACAGAAGGUCAUGGUGAAGGGAGGCACUCUGAAGGAUGAUGAGUGGGGAAACAUUAAACUGAAAAAUGGAAUGACCCUGCUGAUGAUGGGCUCUGCAGAUGCCCUGCCUGAGGAGCCGGUGGUUCGACCCAUGUUUGUGGAGGAUAUGACUGAGGAGCAGCUCGCUUCAGCGAUGGAGCUUCCCUGCGGCCUGACAAACCUGGGUAACACCUGCUACAUGAACGCCACUGUGCAGUGUCUACGCUCCGUGCCGGAGCUUAAAACGGCUCUCAGGAGGUAUUCAGGCGCUCUGCGAUCCUCAGGAGCAAAUGCCCCGGCACAAUACAUCACUGCAGCGCUGCGGGAUUUAUACGAGACUAUGGACAAAACCUCCUCCAGCCUUCCUCCCAUAAUCCUGCUGCAGUUCCUCCACAUGGCCUUUCCACAGUUUGCUGAGAAGGGAGACCAAGGACAGUAUCUUCAGCAGGAUGCUAAUGAGUGCUGGCUGCAGAUGAUGAGGGUACUUCAGCAGAAGUUGGAGCCACUUGAGCCAGAGACUCCCAUGGAGACUGAGUCAGCAGGUGGCGCUGUCUCUGCAUCCUCAAAGAAGAACUUUAUUGAUCAGUAUUUCGGUGUAGAAUUUGAAACUUCCAUGAAAUGCACAGAGUCUGAGGAAGAAGAGCCAAUCAAGGGCAAAGAAAGUCAGCUCCAGCUCAGCUGCUUCAUUAACCAGGAAGUUAAAUACCUCGCUACAGGGCUGCGACUGAGACUGCAAGAAGAAAUCACAAAAAUGUCUCCAACCUUGGAUAGAAACGCUUUGUAUAUCAAAUCUUCAAAAGUUAGCCGCCUCCCUGCCUACUUAACUGUCCAAAUGGUCCGAUUUUUCUACAAGGAGAAGGAGUCGGUCAAUGCAAAAGUUCUAAAGGAUGUUAAGUUCCCACUCAUGUUGGACGUAUACGAGUUGUGCACCCCGGAGCUCCAGGAAAAAAUGUUGACGAUUAGGUCAAAGUUUAAGGAGAUGGAGGACAAGAAACUGGAGAAACAGCAGCAGAAGGUGUUGACAAAGCCAGAUGCAUCAAAGGAAGUAAAAUAUGAGCCGUUCUCUUUCCCAGAUGACGUCGGUUCCAACAACAGCGGCUACUAUGACCUGCAGGCUGUACUGACACACCAGGGUCGCUCCAGCUCAUCGGGGCAUUAUGUUGGAUGGGUCAAGAGGAAAGAAGAUGAGUGGGUGAAGUUCGAUGACGACAAGGUGAGCGUGGUCUCACCAGAGGACAUCCUGCGGCUGUCUGGAGGAGGCGACUGGCAUAUAGCUUAUGUUCUACUGUACGGGCCGCGGCGGCUGGAAAUACUUGAAGAGGAGCAGUAGCUGGAGGGAGAUUUCUUACACAGCAUCCAUAUUUACAGAUUGCCAUUUCCAAGCACUGUCUGCAUAGAUGUGCAAUAAAACUGGUGUCUUUAAAGAUUUUUUUUUUGUAACCAACACUUAUGCUUGUAAAAGAAAUUGUGUUAAUGUUCAACCAUAGUGUGCUUUGAAUAUGGAGAUCUGAUGAAAGGCAACUCUCUUGACUGGAUCCUUUAGAUUUUAAAGUCUGGCUCAACAGUUUCUUUAGAGGUUUUAUACACAUUGUAUAUUUUUAAAGCCUUUCAAAAGGUGAUCACAAGAGCAAAAAAUAUUUCUCUUUAGCCAUUUAACCACGUUUUCCAUUAAAAUCCCCUCCAAAUUGUUGUCCUUGACAUUCUGGAUUGUGUUGGAUUCAUAACAGAACACUUGUUCACCUCUUGGGCCUUUGGGUUCAGUCUCAGGUCUUAAGUGCUUGGCACGCUUCAUCUCCUGCGAUUGUUCUCAAAAUGUAUUGACAGAUGAGGCUCUGUCUGCCAAAUAUCCAUUAAUGCUGUUUUCAGGGAAGUGGUUUGGAACAGGUUGGCCUCAUGGUGAACCGUGUGGAGGAGCUUAAGGAUGCUUGGCUUUGAAACGCUGUUAUUUGGAACGCUUACUUCAAUGUAUGUCAAAUCCAAAACAUCCACUCUCUGUAAU